AUGAAUAUUCAUGGCUGGUGUACAACGAAUGGGCAAAGAAAUACGGUGCGAGACAUUAUGUAUCUCAACCUCAAGGGAAAGCCAAUGAUUGUUUUGAAUACCCUCUCCGCUGCGGUCAACCUAUUUGAAAAGAGAGCACCGUUCUUUUCCGACCGCCCCGACGUCCCUCUCGCCAAAAUAGUCGGGAUUGACUGGUCGUUCGGUCUGAUGAACUACGGACCCAAAUGGAGAGCUCACCGACGCUCGUUUCACCAGUUCUUCCAUCAGAACGAAGUCCCAAACUAUCGUCCCAUCAUUGAGCAGGAAGGACUUAACUACCUUCGUCGCCUUGCUUCCCAACCCAAAGACUUCCUGGACGAGACACGAUUCUUCUUUGGCUCGGUCAUCAUGCGGGUUUCGUAUGGAAUGAGCGACGUUGAAUAUAACAGGCAUUGGGCGAGAAAGGCUGAGAAGUCGAUCAAGGGCGUGAGCGAGGCCUUGGUACCCGGACGGUAUUGGGCCAAUAUUUUCCCCUUCCUACGCCAUCUACCCACCUGGUUUCCUGGUGUUGGAGGUUGGCGAAGGAAGUUCGCGGACGCUGCGUCUGCAAAUGAAGAUCUCUUGGUUGGUUCCUUCAAUGAAGCCAAGGAUCGAGUAAAUGAAGGAUUCCAGAGCGAGUUCCCGAAUGUUGCAACUCGUCUUAUUGAGUUGCUGCCCUCCGAAUCUGACCCCGACUUUUCUCUCUCAAAGUCCACAACUGAUACACGCAUCGCAGCUGGCGCCGACACUACUGUAACCUCCGGCCAAGCGUUAAUUUUGGCAUUGGCAAUGCACCCCGAAGUCCAAGAACGUGCCCGAGAGCAACUUGACGCCGUCGUUGGCCCCUGUCGUCUACCCACACCUGACGAGUGUGCUCAAUUACCGUACAUCCAGGCCAUCGUAAAGGAGGUUUCCCGCUGGCACUCAGUUGUCCCCCUUGGGAUUGCUCACGUCGCUGCCGAGGACUACGAAUACAAUGGUUAUUUUAUUCCCAAGGGUAGUGAAAUAUACGCUAAUUCAUGGGCCAUUAUGCACGACCCUGAAGUCUUUGACGACCCCCUCGAGUAUAGGCCUGAGCGAUACCUGAAGGACGGUAAGAUCAACCGCGCAGUUCUUGAUCCAGAGAAUGCCGCCUUUGGCUAUGGUCGUCGAAUUUGUCCUGGUCGUCAUCUCAGUAACGAAUCCCUGACUUAUAUGGCGGCGUCGCUCUUGUCCGUCUUCGAGAUCAAACCAGCCAAGGAUGAGAAUGGAAAACCAAUCCCUCUGGGACAUAAAGUUGGACCUUCAGUGCUUAGUACAUACCAGUACGAGCGAUGUCGAUUGCAAUUCAACUUGGCCGCAUGA